AUGUGCACAAUUCUUCCCAAAGAAAACCUAAGAAUAGAAGGCUCUGAAGCCUCGUAUGAUUUGAACGAUAAGAUCAAUUUGAGCUGUAAAUCAGGAGACGGCAGACCCUAUCCGCGGCUCAAUUGGUUCAUCAAUGACAAUAUGGCCUCUCCACACCAAGUGAUCGACUAUCCGAUUCAGACCAAUGCCGAUGGCCUACAGAGCAGUAAACAGGGACUCAUACUUUACGCCACACCUAAUUAUUUCAGAAGAGGUUUAUUGAAUCUGAAGUGUACGGCAAUCCUAACCCUCGUCUACGAGUUUGAAGCCGUCGAGUAUGUGAUCGCCGGCUCUCAGAGAAAUAAAUCACAUAGAAGUUCGUACUCUUGGAGAAAAGACUGGUCUUUGCAGCCAAACAGAGAGACUCCUAUAAUAAGAGGUGUUAAACAGUUUUAUAACGUAAACGAAGUCCUAAAUGUAAACUGCACUACGAAUGCACACGAGGCCCGACUCAAGUGGUAUGUCAUGAAUGUGGAGGUAAGGCAUCCCUUCGACUCCUCACCAGUCGAUUGA